CCCGUAAAUCCUUUGCUACUAUGUCUACACACUUGGGAUCCUUCCAGAUGCCAACCUUGGCCACCCUCAAAGAAACCCCGGCUCUUACCGCCGGGCUUCCAAUCUUCACCUUUUUCCUUUUGGUGGUUGAUUUGGUAACGUCGCAUUCGCUCCUGGAAAUGUUCUCCUUGUACCCUGGGGCCAUCUUGGCGUUCGAUUUGAACCGUCUCUCGUUCUACUUGUUGUUCCACAAGGACAUCAUACACUGGGCCUUGAACAUCUUUGCCUUGUGGACCCCGUUGUCCAUCUACGAACGUACCCACGGUACCGUCAACACGGGGAUCACCUUGAACCUUUUGGCCGUGGUCACUGGGCUUCAAUUCUCGCUUGUUGGCUACUUCUUGUUCCCAGAGAUGCAUGUGGUUGGUCUCUCGGGCGUGGUCUUCCUGUUCCUUGCCUUCACCGCGUACAAGGAACAUUUCCUGACCCCAGUCAUCUACACCUUGCGUGUCCAAGGCCGUGAGGUUCUGAUCCCAACCUUGUACUCUCCUCUCUUGUUUGUGAUUGUCUGUGCGAUUUUACUUCCUGCUUCUUCGAUCUGGGGCCAUCUUUUCGGCGUUUUUGCUGGUUACUUGCUUGGUAUGGACCGUUUGGCCUUUAUGUUCCCACCCCUGAAGGUUGUUCUUUGGAUUGAGGACAAGCUUUCCGGUGCCAUUGGGUUGUUGGACGGCUUGGUGUUAUUUAUUCGUGAAGUUGACGCUGUUUCCAUCCGUGGCUUCAGUUAUGCUCCGAUAUUUAGUGCCGAUCCUGAGGCUAAUUAGUUGC